AUGAACUACGACGCUGCCGGCGAUCGCUGGGCAAAUCCACCGCAACCGGUGGCCGCGGCCGAGCACGCGCCGGCCGCAUUCGAUCAUUCAAUGGUCAGCGAGGAGUAUGAACACGAUAAGAAGAAGAAUCCGGCACCAAAACAAGGUGUCUCAUUCACACAAGCACUUCUGGCAUCUGGACACGAGAAAUCGGAUGGAAAGAUCAAGCUGACGGCUAGCUCGUUCAUGGAGGUCGGAUCGUAUGCCGUGUUUUUGAUUGUUUUGGUUUAUGUGGCCUUUGCUCAAAACAGCAUUCAAUCCUAUUACUACACCAAGGUCAUGUCCGAUCUAUUUGUCUCCGCGUCUGGCGCCAACGGCGCUCCAGCUUUCGGCUCCUGCACUUCCAUGGAUAAUAUUUGGGAUUGGUUCUCCCAAGUCCUCGUCCCCGGAAUCUACUGGACUGAAACCUCUAAUUCCACGGACAACGAGAACAUGAUCUACUACGAGAAUCGAAUCCUAGGGGAACCCCGAAUCCGAAUGCUCAAAGUCACCAAUGACUCAUGUACGGUCAUGAAGAGUUUCCAGAGAGAAAUAAAAGAGUGCUUUGCGAACUACGAGGAGAAAUUCGAGGAUCGAGAGAUGGUGGCUGAUGGGAGUGUGGAUGCAUUCCUUUAUGCUACUGCUAAGGAGCUGGAGAACUACGACACCGUGGGAACUAUUUCCACUUAUGGUGGUGGUGGUUUUGUGCAAAAACUGCCGGUUUCUGGGUCCACUGAAGCUGAGUCAGCAAUUGCCACAUUGAAGUCGAAACGAUGGAUUGAUAGAGGGACCAGAGCGAUUGUGGUGGAUUUUGCGUUGUAUAAUGCAAAUAUCAACUUGUUUUGUGUUAUAAAACUCCUUUUCGAGCUUCCCGCAUCUGGUGGCGUCAUCACAACCCCCAAAAUUAUGACAUACAACCUAAUGACCUAUCAAUCCUCCGCUGGAACCCGUAUGAUUGUCUUCGAAGGAAUCUUCUGUGGCUUCGUACUAUUCUUCAUCUUCGAAGAGCUUUUCGCCAUCGCCCGUCACCGUCUUCACUAUCUAACACAGUUUUGGAAUCUGGUCGACGUGGCUUUGCUAGGAUUCUCAGUUGCAACAAUUAUCUUAUCAAUGAAGCGAACAAAAACCGCCACUAAUCGAGUCAACUCUGUGAUUGAAAACGGCCUAACAAAUGCUCCGUUCGAUGACGUCACUUCUGCUGAAAACGCGUAUUUGAAUAUCAAGGCUGUCGUUGUGUUCAUCGCAUGGGUCAAAGUUUUCAAAUUCAUUUCUGUGAACAAAACGAUGAGUCAAUUGUCUUCCACGUUGACACGAUCUGCUAAGGAUAUUGGAGGAUUCGCUGUGAUGUUCGCCGUGUUUUUCUUCGCUUUCGCACAAUUUGGAUACUUGUGCUUUGGUACUCAGAUCGCCGACUACUCCAACCUCUACAACUCAGCCUUUGCUCUCCUCCGUCUUAUCCUCGGAGACUUCAACUUCUCGGCCCUAGAAAACUGCAACAGAUUCUUUGGACCCGCCUUCUUCAUUGCCUACGUCUUCUUUGUUUCCUUCAUUCUGCUCAACAUGUUCCUGGCUAUCAUCAAUGACUCCUAUGUGGAAGUGAAGGCAGAAUUAGCAAGGAAGAAGGAUGGAGAAGGAAUUCUGGAUUGGUUCAUGAAUAUAGUUCGCGGUCUAACAAAACGAGGCAAACGUCCAGAUGGACCAUCAGAGGAUGCAACUUAUGAGGAUUACAAGAUCAUGUUGUAUCGUGCCGGCUACGCGGAGAAGGAUAUCAAUGAAGCGUUCACUCGAUUCAAUGUGACCACUAUGACCGAGCAUAUUCCAGAGAAAAUGGCUGAGGAUAUUGCUGAUGAGGUGGCAAGAACCACUGAACAGAAGAGACAUUAUAUGGAGAAUCAUCGGGAUUAUGCAAACUUGAACCGUCGUGUCGACCAAAUGCAAGAGUCGGUGUUCAGCAUUGUGGAUCGUAUUGAGAACGUCAGCGCUACACUCCAAACAAUUGAGAAGCAACGCAUUCAACAACAAGAUGGUGGAAAUUUGAUGGAUUUGAGUAACCUUCUCACCAAGCAGGUCCGUAACCGUGAAUCCGCCCGUUGUCAGACUAUCACUGCUCUCGCUGAUAAGAAAGAGGAGUGA